CAAACAUCAUGCAUGGUAAUUCAUUGCAAUGUUAAACGUCGUCAGAAUGUCACCGAAUGUUUGUAAAAAAUUUUGAAAAUUCAUUUAGCAAACUAAACUGAACUGAACACUUUAGUAAGAAAAUGGAAAUUAAAUGAUGCACAAAGCACAAAUGAAUUUUUAAAAAAAUGAUUCGACUAUCAUUUUCAAUUUUAUUAUUGCUAUUAAUAAAAUUGGUGUUUAUUUCUGGUUUGCAAAACUGUUUCAUUGACAGCAAUAAUUUUUAUUGUAAAUUUGGUUCAAAAACUCCGUACAGAAAUAUUGCAAAUUAUGAAGAUUCUUCAUUUAAUUUUCCUGGUUGUACAGAAAAGAAAAUUUGGUUUCUAAUUCGACAUGGUACACGUUAUCCAAAAAGAAAACAGAUUCUUAGCUUUAUUGAGAAACUUCCAGAAAUUAAAAAUUUGAUACUUGAAAAUUUUCGUCUUAAUAAAACUACAUUGACCGUGUCAAGCGCUUUAAAAUUUACCAAAUGGAAAGUGACUUUUGAUCUGAAUCAAUCCAAGACAUUGGCCGAAGAAGGAGAAAAUGAAAUGAUAGAUUUGGCUGAAAGAUUUCAAUCCAGAUUUCCGAGUAUUUUGAUAAAAAACUAUGAUAAUACAACAUAUAAGUUUAAAUACACAGCGACUCAACGAACUGAGUUGAGUGCAAAAAAUUUUGCUUUGGGAUUAUUUGGAAUGAAAAAAAGUCAAAAUGUCUUAUAUGAGAAUGCAGAAAAAGAUGAUCCAAUUUUGAGAUUUUAUAAAAAUUGCAAACUGUGGAGGCAAGCUAUUCAUAAAAAACCCGCAGCUACUAAAGAAAGAGAGAAAUUUAUAAAAAGUAGAACUGUAGAAAAUAUGCUAAAUGAAUUUUCAGAACGAAUUGGAGAAAAAUUGGACUUUGACACAGUUUUACUUAUUUAUCUCGCGUGCAGUUUUGAAACAGCUUUGGGUCAAGUUUCUCCUUGGUGUGAUUUAUUGUCGUUAAAGGAUUUCGAGAUCCUGGAUUAUUUAGAGGAUUUGAAAAGUUUUUGGAAAGAUGGUUAUGGACAUUCUCUAAAUUGCGAUCAAUCUUGUGGGACUUUAAAAAAUAUGUUCGAAUUCUUCGAAUCGAAUGCAAAACUCUCUGUGGUAUCGUAUUUUACACAUUCAGGGGCGAUUGUGAAAUUUUUAUGUUUGUUGGGAUUGUCAAAAGACGAAACUCCCCUCACAAGUGAAUCUUUUCUAUUUCACAAAGAUAAUCGUCUUUGGCGAACUAGUUUGAUUGACACAUUUGCAUCUAAUAUUGCUUUUAUAUUCUACAAUUGCAAAUCACAAGGACCAAGUAUUCUUUUUAUGCAUCAAGAACGUAUCGUUCAACUUCCCAAUUGUCCACCAAAUAUGCCAUGUCCAGUUUUUAAAAUGAAGGACAUGUAUCCGGACAAUGACGAGGAGUGUAAAUUUGACGAAAUGUGUUCUAUAGAAAAGAAAGAACUUUAGGAAAAGCAUACAGCAAAAGUUGAGUGCGGAAGCGAGGAAACAAAAAGAAGGUUCAAUGUAGCAGCUGAGGUCUCAUACAAUGUUUUUCUACAUCGAGGCAUUCAAAUGUAUGUUAAAAUAUUUUGUCAUUUAAAAAUUGUGAAUAAUUUUUAUAUUUCUAAAUGCCAAUAAAUUAUUUUUACAUUAUACAAA